CUGGUCCACACCAGCAGGUGGAGCCGCAGUGAAAGUUUCCCGUCCGUUCCGCGAGCGGGAGCCCAUCUUGCUCGCCGCCACGGCCCUCGCUGGAGGAGGAGGGUCAGAGCUCGGGGGCAGCCAAUCGCGCGCAACGCUGCUAGUUAUCAGGGCAGAAUGGGCUGUAGUUUAGUGGAAUAGGAAAGCUGCAAAACACUGUGGAGUGCUGCGGUGUAAAUAAAAAGGAAAAAAAAAGUUUCUCAAGUCGCCGCUGCACGACGUCGGGCCGCGCCGCGCCGGGGCGGGGGUCUGCGCUCUCCGAGCGGCCGCGCGCGGGACUCUGUGGUGCCGCCAGCCCCGGCCCCAUUGUUUGUGUUUUCUUCAAAAUAUGGCAAAGGUUCAGGUGAACAAUGUAGUGGUGCUGGAUAACCCGUCGCCUUUCUACAACCCGUUCCAGUUCGAGAUCACCUUCGAGUGCAUCGAGGACCUGUCUGAAGACUUGGAGUGGAAAAUUAUCUAUGUGGGCUCUGCCGAAAGUGAAGAAUAUGAUCAAGUUUUAGACUCUGUUUUAGUAGGCCCCGUUCCUGCAGGAAGGCAUAUGUUUGUUUUUCAGGCUGAUGCACCGAAUCCAGGACUCAUUCCUGAUGCAGAUGCAGUGGGGGUAACAGUUGUGCUAAUUACUUGCACCUAUCGAGGUCAAGAAUUUAUUAGAGUUGGCUACUAUGUAAAUAAUGAAUAUACUGAAACAGAAUUAAGGGAAAAUCCACCAGUAAAACCAGAUUUUUCUAAGCUUCAAAGAAAUAUUUUGGCAUCUAAUCCCAGAGUCACAAGAUUCCACAUUAACUGGGAAGAUAACACAGAAAAACUGGAAGAUGCAGAGAGCAGUAACCCAAAUCUACAGUCCCUUCUUUCAACAGAUGCAUUACCUUCAGCAUCAAAGGGAUGGUCCACGUCAGAAAACUCACUGAACGUCAUGUUAGAAUCCCACAUGGACUGCAUGUGACCGGGUGCCAUCCGAGUAGUACAGUUUAAGCUAUUAAAAACAGAACUAUUUCCCUGAAGUUCCGUAAGUACAUAGUCAAGGUGAAAUGUGAAGAAUUUGUUUAAAAACAUCCUGUAGAAAGUUUAUAAGAAAACCAGUAUUUGAGCAAAUUGUGGAAUAUAAAUACAACUAUUUUUAAGUACUUUUUUUCUCUAAUGUGUUAUUUUAUUUGUUCAUGAAACUAAUCUGGUUAAAGUAUAUAUAUAUAUAUUAUUUUCUUCUCCUUUAUAUGUAAUUAAAGCACUUAUAAAAAGAAAACUUAUCAAUUAUUAAUUAGACCAGGUUGUAAAGGUGUUGUAGCCUCUUGGACAAUAAUACUUUUUACUAGCCUUUAAAAGAACAAAGUUUACUUCAACUAAAAUGAGUCUUCCUGUGAAGACAGUGUCCUUUUAAUUUAAGGAGCAAACUUCCAUCCUGUAGUAAAAAAGAUGUCUUUAAAAAGGGAAUUUGAAAUCAACUACAACCACCAAGGUUUUUCUAGGCUACCCCAGUGUGUCUUGUGGCUACCACCAAAACUUAUGUUAAAACUGGACUUCUGGUUUCUAUGUAAUAAAUGCGGCUACCUUUGAA